CAGGACGGGCCCGGCGGCCGGGGGUGAGGGUGUCUUUACCGCGCCCACCUGGCCGUGGGCUGCACGCGAGGCGGCCGGUCUGACCGUUAUGGCCAUGGAGGGAGGCGCGUUCCUCGGCUCGCCGCUCAGGAAAACGGUUCGGUUCGGCGGGACCUUGAGGGACGUCCUGCUGAAGCACGAGCAGGGAGAAACUGCUGACUUUGAGUUGUUAAAGCAUCAGCUGUCAGAUCCGGAUAUAAAGGAUGCCCAGAUCAUUAACUGGUUGCAUGAAUUCCAAGCUUCUGUUGUGUACUUGACAAAAGAUGUGGAGGAGCUGGUCAGCAUUUUGUUGAAGCUGCCAUGGUUGAAAAGAAGCCAGGAUGUGGUGGAGGAAUAUUUAGACUUUCUGGGUAACCUGGUAUCAGCACAAAGUAUCUAUCUUAGACCCUGCCUCCGCAUGAUUGUCUCACAUUUUGUACCUUCUCAAGUAAUCGUAAGGGAAGAUGGUGUGGAUUUUUCAGAUUCUGAUGAUGAUGAAGAAAACCUUUCUGGAAACUUUAAAGCAUGUCACAGAGCACUGCAAACUGUAGCAAGAUAUGUGCCUUUAACACCGUUGUUUCUUCUGCCAAUACUUGUGGAAAACUUUCCGUUCAUUAAUAAAUCGGAAAGUACCCUGGAAUAUUAUGUUCAUAACUUGCUGCGAAUUACUGUAUAUCUUCCAACUCUGAGACUUGGAAUUCUGGAACUUAUAGUUGAAAAACUAUUGAAGCUGGAUGUAAGCACACCACGACAGGAUAUUGAGGAUGCUGAAGAAAAUGCUAAUGCCCCUGGUAGUGUGGAAAAAACCACAGAAGAAGGACUUUUUGACAUGGAGGAAGAUGAAGAAACAGAAAAAGAAAACCAAGGUGCCUCCAGUGAGACUGAUGUGAUGGCCCAUCCUCUGGCAGAACGCUUGGAUAUUUUGAUGACCAUUUUGUUUACUUAUAUAAAAGAGAUCUGCUAUGUCAAUGGCACACUUGAUAUCAACAAUACAAAAGGCUUAUAUCGGGAUCUAAUUACCAUCUUUGACAAACUCAUUUUACCAACCCAUGCUUUGUGUCACGUACAGUACUUCAUGUUUUAUAUCUGCAGUUUUAAAUUGGUCUUUGCAGAAGCAUUCUUAGACCAUCUUUGGAAGAUACUGCAGGAUCCAAAUAAUCCUGCAGUGAUCAGACAAACGGCUGGAAAUUAUAUUGGCAGCUUCUUGGCAAGGGCUAAGUUUAUUCCAACUGUCACAGUGAAAGCAUGCCUGGACCUGUUGGUUAAUUGGCUGCACAGAUAUAUUGAUAGUCAGGAUGCAGGGACAAAUGCUUACUGUGAUGUGGCUCUACAUGGACCGUUUUACUCCACGUGCCAAGCUGUAUUCUAUACUUUCAUUUUCCGCCAUAGGCAGCUUUUAGAUGGCAACUUAAGGAAAGGUUUGGCAUACCUGCAGAACUUAAAUUUUGAACGCAUCGUCAUGUGUCAGCUGAAUCCCCUGAAGAUUUGCUUAGUUUCUGUUGUUAACUUGUUUGCAGCCAUUACCAGGAAGUACCAGUUGGUGUUCUGCUACACCAUAAUUGAGAGGAACAACAGGCAAUUUUUACCGGUCGUUAGAAGCAGCGAUGGUGGUGACUCUGUACAGGCUUGCACUAAUCCACUUGAUAGUUUUUUUCCUUUUGAUCCUUACAUUCUCAAAAGGUCAAAGAAGAAUAUUGAUCCUCUUUAUCAGAUUUGGGAAGAACUGAGUGCUGAAGAUCUUCAGGACCUUACAAAACCCAUUAAAAAGAAUACAACUGAAGACGAAGAUGAUGACUUCUUGAAAGGAGAGACUCCUCAGAAUGAUGGCAUGCUUGGAAUUACUCCAAGUUCGUAUGACUCAAAUAUUCUGAGUCCACCAAGCAGCCUAGGAACACCCCCACCAGGAACAUAUGUACAGCAGCACCUCUGACUGAAACUGCAAGUUGAGAGGCAAAAGCUAUGUGCAUUUCUCACUCUGGAAAGCUGUUCAGUCUUUUUACAAACUCAAGUUUUUUUCAUUUUUUUCUUUGAACUGUAUUAAACAGGGAGGAAAGCUAACUUUUGGCUUUUUAACUGUUGUUUCUGCUAAGAUGAGUUCUGAUAAUUUCAUAUGUUGCCAGAAGAGACUAGAGAAUAAAAUGUGCAAUAUUUUACACAUUUCAUAUUGAAAUAGAUUUUUAUAUAAUUUAGGCAUUUUCCCUUGACUGUAAAAAGCUUGUGUGUAUUUUUUCACUUCAUAUAUAUAUCUUUAAAAGGAAGUCUUGGCUUCUUUUCCCAACGACUUCACUAGGCCCAGGAUUUUGCUCCUGAUGUUUAUAUUGUGUUUUGAUGGGUCUCUAAGUUUUCUGUUCCCCUUUUCCCCUUCUCUUUGUCUGAGCCCAAGAUAAAAACCAUGGACUAAACUCUAAAUUCAGCAAAACAGUGACUCCCUUUCAUGAGUUGCUUUGCUUCUCUACCUUAGCUGCUUCUGUCAGUUGAUGGAGGUAGCUGGUAAAGUAUUUUGAUGGUAGGAAGUGCUUUGCAAAUGCUGGGUAUUAUCACUGAAAAAGACUUAGUUGGAACAAAGUCUCCCCCUUCUGAACUUCCUCAUUAAAAAAAUAAUAAUAAAAUUUACCACUUCAAACCAUCAUCAUGCAUAAGU